CCAUGUUCGCCGGCUUGCAAGAGCUCGGGGUGGCCAACGGGGAGGAUCUGAAAGAGACGCUGACCAAUUGCACGGAGCCCCUCAAGGCCAUCGAGCAGUUCCAGACGGAGAAUGGCAUCUUACUGCCCACCCUCCAAUCCGCCUUGCCCUUUCUGGACCUCCACGGCACCCCCAGGCUGGAGUUUCACCAGUCCGUGUUUGACGAGCUCAGGGAGAAGCUUCUGGAGAGGAUCUCGGCCAUCGCCGCGGAAGGAAAGGUCGAGGAAAGGUACAAAAAGCUUGAAGACCUUCUGGAGAAAAGCUUCCCCUUAGUCAAGAUGCCUUCGAUCCAGCCGGUGGUGAUGUGUGUCAUGAAACACCUGCCCAAGGUCCCCGAAAAGAAGCUGAAGCUGGUGAUGGCUGACAAAGAGCUGUACAAGGCAUGCGCCGUGGAGGUGAAGCGCCAGAUCUGGCAGGACAACCAGGCCCUUUUUGGUGACGAGGUCUCUCCGCUGUUGAAGCAGUACAUUCUGGAGAAGGAGAACGCCCUCUUCAGCUCCGACCUCUCGGUCCUGCACAAUUUCUUCAGCCCGACGCCCAAGACGAGGCGCCAGGGAGAGGUGGUCCAGAAGCUCACCCAGAUGAUUGGCAAGAACGUGAAGCUUUACGACAUGGUGCUCCAGUUCCUCCGGACGCUCUUCCUGCGGACGCGCAACGUCCAUUACUGCACCCUGCGGGCGGAGCUCCUGAUGUCCCUCCACGACCUGGACAUCAGCGAGAUCUGCACGGUGGACCCUUGCCACAAGUUCACCUGGUGCCUGGACGCUUGCAUUCGGGAGCGGUUCAUUGACAACAAGCGCGCCCGGGAGCUGCAGGGGUUUCUUGACGGUGUGAAGAAAGGUCAAGAGCAAGUCCUGGGGGAUUUGUCCAUGAUCCUCUGCGACCCGUUCGCCAUCAACACUCUCGCCUUGAGCACCAUCCGCCACUUGCAGGAGCUGGUUGGCCAGGACCUGUUGCCCAGGGAAAGUCCGGACCUGCUCCUGCUUUUAAGGAUGCUCUCCCUGGGACAAGGGGCCUGGGACAUGAUCGACAGCCAGAUCUUCAAGGAGCCCAAAAUGGAAGUGGAUCUGAUCACCCGAUUCCUUCCCCUGCUGAUGUCCUUCGUGGUGGACGAUUACACCUUCACCGUGGACCAGAAGCUGCCGUCGGAAGACAAGGGCCCAGCGCCCUAUCCCAGCACCGUCCCAGAAAUGUUUCCUAAAUUUCUCCAGGAGCACCGGAUCGCCUGCGAGAUCGGCCUCUACUACAUGCUCCAUAUCACCAAGCAGAGGAACAAGAACGCGUUUCUCCGGCUGCUCCCAGCCCUGGGGGAGACCUUCAACGACCUAGCGUUUGGGGACAUUUUCCUUCACCUGCUCACCAGCAACCUCACCCUCUUGGCUGACGAGUUUGCCCAAGAGGACUUUUGCACCAGCCUCUUGGAUGGCUUCUUUCUCCCCGCUUGCUCAAGGAAGGAGAACGUCCACCGGCACGUGCUGAGGCUUUUGCUCCACCUCCACCACAAAGUGGCACCAGCCAAGAUGGAGUCCCUGCAGAAGGCCCUGGAGCCUACCAAACAGAGCAGCGAAGCCUUGAAGGAGCUGUACCACCAGCUGGGUGAGAAGCUGGAACUCCGCAACGCCAGCCCGGUUGCCCAGGUGGCCGACCCCCCUUCCAUGGACUUGCCCUUGGCGACUGUGCCCACCCCGGCCACUCUUUAGGGGGCGCUUUCUCUGGUCGCGCAGGAGAGCACAGCUUCCCCCACCCUAGCGGACAGCCGCCAGAGCGUGUACGCGCGCCCCCGUUCUGGAUCCCGACAAGUCGGGAUCCUCGGAUGAUUCUUGAGCCCUCCUUAGCUUCGGCUGUUUUGUCCCCCUUAAGCAAGGAGGCGGGGGGCCGUGCAGCCUUCUACAUAUAUUAUUAUUAUUAUUUUGACCCAUGUGGCUUCACCAGUCCACACACUGGCUGGGUGCCAUCCCAGCAGCUUCAGACCUCCUUUGCCACCCCUCGAUCUAGGAGAUGGCGCUGCCAUCACAAGGCUACUUGGAAGGACUCCCCAAGCGGGCAAACAGCACCCCCUUCCCUGAUGCAGCCUAGGCCUACAGUUCCCAGCAUCCCUCGCCAUCGGCUACGGUGGAUGGUGGGCAUUAGAGUCCAGCCACCUUGUGACACUUUGCCCACUCCAGUUUAGUGAGUCUGGGUGGGUUUUAGAGCAGGGGGUGGAAAAAAAGAUGUAAGCCUGGAUAUAACUUUUCUAAGAUGCAGAUGUCAUGUUAGACACUUGCAAUUUUUUUUUUAAGAAUAAAAAGGUCUGUUUUUUUA